CAGUUUCAGUAGUUGUAGAAGUAAACAAUUUUAUACAUUACAAUUUCAGUUGAUAAAUAAAACAAUAUGAUUUUAUGGAAUGGCUGAAUUGCAUGUGAUUGGUCAAAUUUCGUCGGCAAUAAGUUUUAAACAAUCACGGCUUUUAUGCAAGUGGAGUUUUCAUGCCGGUAAUGGUUGGAAAGUUUUGAAUGGUUGUGAAGAAGGACAGACACAAGAAAGUUGUGAUUUAUAUACAAAUGAACCAGUUUGGGAUCAUCCAAUAGAUAUACAUUAUACAACACAAACUCUUCAAAAUUCACCCAAACUUUUGCUUCAAAUAUAUUGUAGAGACACACAUGAAAGAAUAUUAUUUACAUCUUAUGGUGUUUGUAAUAUUCCUCUAUCUCCUGGACUACAUUCUAUAGAAUGCCAUACAUGGAAACCAAUUGGUAACUGGAAAGACAGACUAAGAGAUAAAUUUUUGGGAAUAACUUUACAAUUAAAAUCACCAAAUGUUCUAGUUAAUUCUUUGGAUAGAUUUGAAUUACUUACAGAAAGUAUGGGUACAGUUAAAAUGGAAAUACACAUACUCACACGAAACUUUGAAAAAUAUGGAUGUCAUAUAAUGAUCAAGAUGAAUGGGAAAACAUUUGCACUAAUGCUUUUUUGCAUCAUGUGUAAUGAAAUAAUGCACGCCAAGAAAAUUGAAGAGAUAUUUACCUGUAUAAAUGAAACAGAAUGUAAUGAUUUAUCAGAAAAAGAUGACAUUGAAGAAUCAUUGACCACUACAAUUGAAAGUAUUUAUAGUUCAACUACUGUCAGUUCCAAUAAUUCUACAGACUCAACAGAGAAUAUAAAGAUUCAAAUACUACCAACUAUGCAAACACCUAAUAAAUUGAACUCCAGAAUUGAAAUAAGAAAUCAUUCUGUACAUAAAGUACAAUCUGAUGUAUGCGAAUGUAAUUUAGUAGUAUCAUCCUGUGACAUCAAUUGUUGUUGUGAUAAAGAUUGCACUGACUUUCAUUUAAUGGUUUUUUCACAUUGCGAAAAUCAUCAGGCAGAUUUGUAUGAUAAACGAUAUUGUUAUAAUAGAAAUUUUAUAGAACGGAAUAACACACCGUAUAUACUUGAACAAUUAGCGAGCAAUCUUUUUUGUAUUUUGUAUGACAAUCUUCCACCUACAUACAGUGUCACCAAUGACCUGGAUAUAAAAACUGAAAAAGAUUUAAGGGAAGCAAUGAACCCAAAUAGACUGAAAUGGAACUGGGAAAACCAAUUACAAGUAGCUGAAUAUAAUACUUCGAGUCCUUAUCAAGAUGGUGACAUUAUAUGGAUUAUACAGAAUAUCUACAUCCAACCCUUUGGUAUUUAUUAUCAUACAGAUAAUAUUAUAAUAAUUAUUAUUAACCCUCUUUGUAUGAUUUACUUUAGAACUGUUACAAUCUCUGUAAAAUACCUUCGGAAAUGGCAAAAUCAGUGUUUGCAAACCGAAUUAAUUAAUACAAACAAAUUCCUCUUUCCAACAGCAUUUAAUAAUUUUACUGUUAUUGCUUCUCCACAUCUGCUAAAUGAAACUUACAUUGAGAUGUCAGAUCAGAUUUGUCCCAAGAAUAUUUGUCUCACGUUGACGAAUUAUUAUUGUAAACAUUCUUGGCAAGAAUGUAACAAUACUAUAAUGCCAGGGUCUUGUGUUAAUGGAACAUGUUACAAUGUUGUUACUGGUGUGAAAUAUUUAAUCGUUCAUAAUGGUUCUGCGGGAAUUAACAGCGUUAAUGUAUAUUUCAGUAUAGGUAACGUUUCUCAAAGUUUUUACCAACAAUUUGAGACAAUUUACGAAUGGGCUGAACUUGAUAAGGAAAAAAGUUUUUCUCUUAGUGGUAAUCCUGGUUAUAUUCUCGGAAAGCCACUAAUUAUUGGUACUUUAAACAACACCAAUAACGUUAAAACUGUCAUUUUUAAUAAAACCGAUAGUUAUUUGACAUUACCUAUAGCUACAAGAGGCGGUGAAUGUAGCGGAAUAAAUAGGUAUACUGUUGCCUUUGGAGAAGACAGUAAGAUCCGAUGUUCUGUGCCUUUAUAUACUAAUAACUUUAAUACAUCAUCUUGUAUAGAAUUACAAAAUCGUACUAUGUACUUCUUGCUUAAAGAUUCUAUGUUUAAUAUUACUGAAACUGACCACUACAGUAUUUAUGUUUCAAAGACAGGCAAUUUUACUAACAAUAAUACAGCUGAUUGGGCACAAAUUUUACUUGAUAGAGUACCGCAGAAUAUUGUGACAGGGCAAUUAAUCAAUGAUCGUUUACAUUGUUCAGGCUUAAUAACUUCUGUUCACUUACAUAUUUUGUAUUCUGCUUUAGCAAAACCCGAGACUUUAACUAAUUAUAAUAUACUAGGAAUAGGUAUUUAUUUUUCGAACGAGUCUGAUAUAUCAUGGUCAAAGUGUUUGACUGAGAAUUGUACAAACGUAUUAAAAGUAGAUAUCGUUAGUUACGUUACAUUUCACGAUAUAUCGAAGCCGUCCAGAUAUUACUUUGUAGGUAGCCCUAAUUUAGAUUUCACCUUGCCGUAUGAUUUUUUUUAUCCUUUUUUAAGUAGUUCAAUGUGUAUCAAGUCAAAUGUGUUUUUCAUAAGGAGUAUAGUGUUCACUGUAGUUUUGUACAGUUCCUUUUCUUAACUUCAUGCAAUCCUUACACCAAUGCAAGUGUGUAAUGAAAUAUUAAUGUAUUCAAAAUAUAUAUGGUAACAGAAACCAAAUUGCAGCAUACCAAAAAUAAUUCUAUGUUUGUAUAUAACGAAAUAAGAAAUCC